GACAGGACAGGAGGGAGAAUGGGGAUGAGCCGGACAAAGACCUGCUGUGGAAGGAGUGGAGGUCACUCUUUCCUACCCUGCUGUGCCAACCAGAGCCUGAGGUUCCUGGCUCCAAAACACUGAGAUCUCACAGCUUCUGAGAGUCUCCAAUUGUUCCAGAAGGCAGCUUCAUACACCAUAGCCAAGUGUGGAAAAAGGGAGCAGGUGCUCAAGGUGCCUGGAAGAUCACAGUGACCACGGCAGGGCGGCCAGGCCACAGGAGGAACGGGCCAGAGAUGCACAGAGACCGAGGGGUAGUUGCUGAGAGGAGGGGCUGCCGCACGGCAAUAGCAGGGAGCUCGAGGAGAGUCGGGAAACCGGCAAGCGGCAGGGCCCCUCUGGAAGAGGCUCCAUCCAUGGCAACACCUGCAGAUGCUGCUAAGUAUCACGGGCUCAAUGCAAGUGAAGUCUGGGCGUCACACCUGACGACAAGCUUAUGAGUUACCACCUCGUUUUUGCAGGGAGGAAAGUGAAUCCCGAGGAAGUUAAAGAGAUUCGUUCAUCCUAGGUACACGGAAUGUUGAGUAGGGACCAUUUCAGGAGACCUCGGGAAGCCCCAAGACCUUUACGCUUCGUCUGGCUAGUUUCUUGUUCAGCCCUUGCCGCGGGUGACGUGGUCAGGGAAGUUCCAAGGGCUCCCUGGUGUGCUCGGGGAUCUAACCCGAGAUCUCCGGCGAGCGAGAUUCCGGAGCCCGACGCUGGGCAGUCAGCCACCGCCAGGGGACGCUGCUGCGCCUCAAAGGAGGGCGGGACCGGGUGUGGCCUCCAGUCCCCGCCCACCUCCGGGGCGGGGCUCGAGGGCCGGGUGCGCACGCGCACCGCGCGUCCUCCCGCAGGGCCUGCUGGGCGCCGGGACGCCAGCGACCAAGUUCUGUGAAGCGCGGCGGGGACAUGUGGCGGCCGUUGCGACUCUGCCCCUUCCACUUGGCUCUGCUGCGAAGCAGGUGGAAGCCCUGGCCCUGCCCUGCAGUGUUCUUCAGGAGGAACUUCAGGAGCCCACCUGCAAGGACCUCAAGUCCCAUGCCACUAUGGAAGAGGACACUGUCUGCCACUGUGCUGGGGGUGCCCCUGCUCCUUGGAAUCCGCUAUUUCACAGCAGAGGCGCGGGAGAAGAGGAAGAUGCGGCUUGUGGUGGAUGGCUUUGGGCGCUUUGGCAGGUCCCUGGGGACUGGCCUGUACAUCUCCCUGGACUACUGGUGGUGCACAAAUGUCAUCCUGCGAGGGGUAGAAGAGAACAGCCCGAGGUACGUGGAGGUGAUGUCUGCUUGUCACCAGCGGGCAGCUGACGCCCUGGUGGCAGGGGCCAUCCGCAAUGGUGGCCUUUAUGUGAAGCUGGGCCAGGGGCUAUGCUCCUUCAACCACCUGCUGCCCCCAGAGUACAUCAGGACGCUGCGUGUGCUUGAGGACCGGGCCCUCACGCGGGGCCUCCAGGAGGUGGACGAGCUGUUCCUAGAAGACUUCCGGGCCCUGCCCCUUGAGCUCUUCCAGGAGUUCGACUACCAGCCACUGGCUGCUGCAAGCCUGGCUCAGGUGCACCGUGCCAAGCUGCACGAUGGCACUGCCGUGGCUGUGAAGGUGCAGUACAUCGACCUGCAGGACCGCUUCGAUGGGGACGUGCACGCACUGGAGCUCCUGCUGCAGCUUGUGGGGUUGAUGCACCCCAGCUUCAGCUUCAGCUGGGUCCUGCAGGACCUAAAGGGGACCCUGGCCCAGGAGCUGGACUUUGAGAAUGAGGGCCGCAAUGCUGAGCGCUGUGCGCAGGAGCUGAAGCACUUCCGCUACGUCACAGUCCCCCGAGUGCACUGGGACAAGUGCAGCAAGCGCGUGCUGACGGCGGACUUCUGUGAGGGCUGCAAGGUCAACGACGUGGAGGCCAUCAAGAGCCAGGGGCUGGCAGUGCGGGAUGUAGCAGAGAAGCUGAUCCAGGCUUUUGCUGAGCAGAUAUUCUACACAGGCUUCAUCCACUCUGACCCCCACCCUGGCAAUGUCCUGGUGCGGAGAGGCCCGGACGGGAAGGCAGAGCUGGUGCUGCUGGACCAUGGGCUCUACCAGUUCCUGGACGAGAAGGACCGGUCAGCCCUGUGUCAGCUGUGGCGCACCAUCAUCCUGAGAGACGAGGCUGCGAUGAAGGAGCACGCAGCUGCACUCGGUGUACAAGACUACUUGCUGUUCUCCGAGAUGCUCAUGCAGCGGCCCGUGCGCCUGGGGCAGCUGUGGCGCUCCCACCUGCCCAGCCGUGAGGAGGUGGCCUACAUGCAGGACAUGGCCCGCGACCACUUCGAGGGCAUCAUGCAGGUACUCAGGGCACUGCCUCGGUCCAUGCUGCUGGUGCUGCGCAACAUCAACACUGUCCGCGCCAUCAAUGUGGCUCUCGGCACCCCUGUGGACCGCUACUUCCUCAUGGCCAAGAGUGCAGUCCGAGGCUGGAGCCGCUUGGUGGGAGCAGCGUAUCGGGGUAUCUACGGCAGCGGCCUUCUGCGCCACUUGAAGGUAGCCUGGGAGAUGUUCAAAUUUGAGGUGGCCCUGAGGCUGGAGACCCUGACCAUGCAGCUCACUGCCCUCCUGGUGCGAGUUCUGGUCCACCUGGGCUUUGUGCCUCAGGCUGAGGAGCUCUACCAGUACCUGGAGACCUAGGCUUGCAGGGCCAGGACAACCACACAGCUGCCCGGGGCCAGCAGGGCCUGCAGCCCUGGCACACUGACAUCAGGCAGAUGGCUGCUGCCCACCAUGGGCAUGGAGCAGUCAUGGCCUGCACGUGGGGACUGGGGGGAAGCACUGUGGGGCUCUGUCUGACCAGCAAUGACCACACAACUCCUCUC